AUGACAUCAAUAAUAGAAAAUGGCAGCGCCCAUGCAGCUUGUUGUCGGUUUAGCUAUAGUUUUUUCAUGUGUGCAAACCAUUGUACAGGGAAAUGGUUAUAAAGUACAACCAUACAAGGAGUCAUACUUUGAUCAAUUUGUAGAUCAUUUUAAUUUCCUUUCAUUUGGUCAACAAAGGUUUAAACAGAGGGUUCUUACUCAAGAUAAAUGGUGGAAGAGAGGCUCUGGUCCAAUAUUUUUCUAUACAGGAAAUGAAGGACCAAUUGAUGAAUUCUGGGAUAAUACUGGAUUCGUAUUUGAUAUAGCCCCAGAGUUUGGUGCACUUGUUGUAUUUGCAGAACAUAGAUUUUAUGGGAAGUCCAUGCCAUUUCCGAGUGACAAUUUUAAUUCCAAAAACGUAGGCUUAUUAACUAUAGAACAAGCUUUAGCUGAUUAUGCUGUAUUGUUGACAUCGCUGAAGAAAUCAUUGAAUGCCACAGGAUGUCCGGUUAUAGCUUUUGGUGGCAGUUAUGGAGGGAUGCUGAGUGCAUAUAUGAGGUAUAAAUAUCCUGGUAUUAUUGCAGGUAGUAUAGCUUCCAGUGCCCCUAUUUAUCUUCUAGAUCCAAAUUUUCCAAAGACAUUCUUCUGGAAAACUGUUACAAAGGAUUUCAACGAUGCAUCUUCCAAAUGUGUAGGAAAAGUUAGAGAUGCAUUCAGUAUAAUGAAUGCAACAGCUGCGAAAGGAGAUUUCAGUACAAUAUCUUCUAAGUUUCAUCUGUGUAAUAAACUGACAGAUCUAGUCCAAUAUCGUCAUUUGUUACUAUGGAUACGGAAUGCUUUUGGGUCAUUGUCAAUGAUGGACUAUCCUUAUCCAACAGACUUCUUAGCAAAUCUACCUGCAUAUCCAGUUAAGGAGGCAUGUAAUUAUUUGAUGGCAGAAGAGGAUUCCGUUGUAGGACUUUCAAAGGCGGCAGGUUUGUUUUACAAUGGUACAAAUGGGUCUCUGAAAUGUUUCGAUAUAUUUUCGGAGUAUAUAGAAUGUGCUGAUCCGACUGGAUGUGGAACUGGAGAUGCUGGCGCGGCAUGGGAUUAUCAAGCUUGUACCGAGGUAAGACUUCCUCAAGGAACAGAUGGUACAACAGAUAUGUUUCCAGUCCUUCCAUUCACAGACGAAAUAAGACAAAAAUAUUGUUAUAAACGUUGGGGAGUAGUACCACGAGAUGCAUGGGGAGAUGUACAACUGAUUAAUUUAGAUCUGAAAGGUGCUAGUAACAUAGUAUUUGCUAAUGGAAACUUGGAUCCAUGGAUGGGAGGCGGGGUGUUGUCAACCUCAAAUCCAGGAAUAAAAGUUAUAUUAAUUGAAGGUGGAGCUCAUCAUUUAGAUUUAAGAAGUGCCAAUCCCAUGGACCCAGCAAGUGUUAAACAAGCACGUGUAGUGCAGAAACAACAAAUACAACAAUGGAUAAAUCAGGGAGGACAACACAUCUAAUACAUACAUGUAACAAACAUGAGAGUCAAAAAGACAAAUGGUGCUUAUAAAACCUCCGAAGAUAUAGUUCAAUUAUAUAACAGUAAAACUUGUUGUAUUUUAUUUCAUUUGGCAUUUAUCAUUGAUCUCAAUCUGUUAUCAUUUUCUUAAUAAAUAAAAGUUAUAACUUAAAAAUU